AUGGGUCCUGUUUGGCUUGUUCUUCUGCUCCCAUCCCUCCUCAGAGCGCAGGUAACUCCAGACACAUCAGGAGUCACUGUGGAGGCAGACAACAGCACAGACUCUUUAUCAAACAGGACAGGAAGCUCAGACAUCUCCACCAGCCCCUCCACUUCCUUCAGUCCCCCAGAGCCUACAGAAGCUCCCACAGAGGAGGAAGAUGACUGGUCACCAGCAGAGACCUUCCUGUACACUGGAGAAGCCUCCACUCUGGAAGUGGCCCGCUGCUCACGGGCGUACAGCACCCCGGGGCAGUCUGGAUCCCUGCCCACCAGCUUUAGUGCCCCCCUCCGGCCGGCUCUGGACGCGCUGGCCAACACGGCCAACUUCCUCAACAUGAUCUUCCAGGCCAGUGACCUGCGGGAGAGCACCGUACAAGAGGAUAUGGAGUGGUACCACGCCCUGGUCCGCGCCCUCCUGGAGGCCGACGUGCUCAUCCAGCGGGCCCUGCUCACCUUUGAUGCCGACCCGACUGCCCAGGUGCCGCAGCUGGUUCUCCGUGCAUCCCGCAACCCAGCGGCCAAAGUGCAGAACAUCAUCCUCCAGGACUUAUCCAAGGCCUGGGAGAGCCUGCACCCGCCCGCCCCAGCCCCCGACGACAGCUGGUUCAGAAGUUUUAAAUUCCCAGAGUCCCCCCAGGUGAUGGCCGCCCUGUCCAAGCGGGUGCUCCUCAAUGACCUCAGCACCUUGGACACGCCCAAGUGGAGGCAGGGCGACAGCUACGUGACCAAUCGUAGUGGGGUGCGAUGGGCCAGCGCCCCCUUCCUCGACUGUGAGGACGGUUGCUUCGUGCCCGGCUGGAUGCUCACCCUGUCCACGUCCUACUACGGCCUCAAGCCUGACCUGACGCCAGAGUUCAGAGGUGUGAUCCGUGUGGAUGUCAACAUUCAAGACAUCGACUUGGACCAGUGUGCAACAGGAGACGGGUGGUUUGCUGAUAGUCACGAGUGCAACCGCACCAGCAUGGAGUGCAUACCAAUUCCAGGCCGGGGUUUUCGACUGGGUCAGUACUGCUGCCGCUGUAAAGAGGGUUUCUACAACCCUGACAUAGUCCCUCAAGACUCAGGUGUCGAUGCAGAUGGUGGCCCUGUGAACUCCAGUGACGGCGGCGCUACGUGCUACCCGAACAUGCCCAUCUGUCUCCCAUGCUGGCCGGGCUGUAAGAGCUGUCAGGACGGCACCCCCUGCUGGGUGCAGGAGGCCUGGCUCCUCAGGGCCGCCGUGCUGGCUGUCCAGGGUGUCUUCAUGCUCCUCAUCUUUGUCAGCAUGCUGGUGGCCUACAGGCAUCGCAGAAACCGGAGGAUCCGGGCGUCCGGCCUCCUGCUGCUGGAGACGAUCUUGUUCGGCUCUCUGCUCCUCUACUUCCCGGUCUUCAUCAUGUACUUCAAGCCGAGUACGUUCAGGUGUAUUCUGCUCCGCUGGGUCCGAAUGCUCGGCUUCUCCAUCGUCUACGGCACAGUCACACUGAAAAUGUACAGGGUGCUGAAGGUGUUCCUCUCACGCACGGCCCAGAGAGUGCCCUACAUGUCCAGCCUCCACCUGCUGAGGAUUCUGGGAGUGAUGCUGAUGACGGUCAGCUGGUUCCUGUGUGCGUGGACGGUGGGUGUCCUGCAGAACCGUGACAGGAACAUCCCGGUGUUCAUCACAACCACCACGUCGGACGGGCAGGGGUUCAACCUGUGCUACCUGGACCGCUGGGACUACAUGAUGGCUGUGGCUGAGCUUCUGUUCCUGUGUUGGGGCAGCUCCCUGUGGACCGCUGUCAGACCGGUCCCCUCAGCCUUCCACGAGCCUCGCUAUAUGGGCAUUGCCAUCCACAACGAGCUGCUUCUCUCCACCAUGUUUCACCUUUUCCGGUUCACCUUUCCCUCUCUCCAUCCUGAUUGGAUGUUGCUGCUCUCCUUCACGCACACCCAUGUGACCAUCACUGUCACACUCGCCCUGCUCUUCCUUCCCAAGUUUCUUUAUGUGUCUAAGCCUGGGAGAGAGGAGAUUGCAGCAGAGGUAUAUGAAGAUGAAGUGGACCUUCGGCGCUCCUGCUCGUACCUCAACAGCAGUUUCCACUCUGUUUGGAGUGAGCCCAGUGUGGACCCGGAGGAUUUUCGGGAUGAACUGAAGAAGUUAUAUGCCCAGUUAGAAGUCCACAAGACCAAGAAGAUGACCGCAAACAACCCUCAUCUGUCAAAGAAGCGAAGUUCUCGAUGUACAUUGGGGAGAUCCAUUAUUAGACGCAUUGCUGAGAUCCCAGAAUCCAUGAGCCGGCAGUGCAGCCGCGAGGAGAAAGAUGGAUCGUUCCAUAGUAGAAUUGUGAAUCAGGAUUCUUUCAGGAGGACCCCAGAUACAAUAUCAGUCAGUAUCAGUUACAGAAGUUCAAUGACACCUUCACCAUCUAUGCGCAAGUCCCAAAGUGAUCAUCACUAUGUCAGGGAAAGAGACUCUUCUUUGCGUGACUCCAUGUUAAAGGCCAACGCUGUGAAGAGGUCUUCCCGACGAUCUGAGACUGACUCCUUGGAUAUUCCACCAGGGGUCUGUAAAUCAGCCAGUGCCCAAAAUCUGACAAUUGAUACCAAUCUUCUGCAUCCUGAUCACACCAGACUUCAUAAGUCCUGGAGUCUAACUUCAACUACCGCUCAUUCUAUAGAAAACAUAUCCAAGGUUAACAGAGCCAGUACAGUGCUGACAAGGUCCAGGCAGAGCAUUUCCAUUAGCGACCAGACCAGGAGUGCUCUCCAGUCAGAGUCAUUUGACAAGGCUGAGGUCUGUCCUUGGGAGGUGGAGCCAGAGCAAUCAGGGGACAAGAACCAGAAGCAUGUCACCUACGCAAACUCCGAGGAUGGUGAGGAAAAAAGACCACCAUCUCCACAGUCGCUUAUCUGUCCCUGGGAUCAUUUACCACCUGUAAAGCAACCUUCAGAGGAUAGGGGAAUGCAAGGUGAAGCUCAGUCCCCUAAACCACAGGCUACUGUGUCUGCAAGUUUACCAGGCUCUCCAAGACCAAAGUUCACUAAAGAUCAACGAGUCUUCUCCUUCCGCACCUCCACCACCACUGCUAAGUGGCUCUCUGUGAAAUCAAUUAUGACCUCCAUGGAUGCAGGAAGCAGGUCCAGUAGGGAUGGAAGUUUUCAAGAGGAUUCUGUUUCACAAAAAAGUCAGGAAAGUGCUUCCACAACACCACGAUCGAGAACAUCUAAUAGACGUCCAAGCGUGGAAAAGAGAUCACUGCAGAAAAGAAGCAUGACAACAGAUGGAAAACCAUGCCUUGUGAAGCAGAAUGCCAUCAGACUGUCCUCUGUGGAUUCUUCUGAGAGAAGCCCAAGAAGGCUUGUGAUUGUGAAAUCUGCCGUCUACCCUUGGGACACUGAUGAUAUGCAAAAAGAUGGCACUUAUGAAAAUGUGUUUUUAUCAAGGCAGAACAGCAAACGUAGUAGUAUAGGUUCUUGGGAAACUGCCAGCAGCUGUAGAACUCCUUCAACUCACAGAAGAGGAAGCAAUCGAAUUACACCAGUCCGUAAUAUUUCCCAUGCAGAUGUGUGUCCAUGGGAAGGACCUGGUACUUUCCAGGAAGGAGAGGGGCCAAAGAAGCAACAGAGCAUUAAAGCAGACGUCUGCCCUUGGGAAGUUUCUGGACCAUCUAAUGUAUGUCCAUGGGAAUCUCAAGAGCAAGGAAAUAUGAGAAGACGAGGAAGUGCCAUUAGUAACGUGUGUCCUUGGGAUUCACAGGAUAUUCCCGUUAUUUAUCAUACUAACCUCUCUAGAGAUUCACAGACACAACAGUCUUUGAAACAUGCAGCAGACGUAUGUCCCUGGGAGACUGCAGAAACUCCUCAACCUUUAAUAAGGCAAGAUAGUGAAUAUGCUAAUGUUUGUCCUUGGGAGGUUCAGGAGAAGGCUGAAGUUGUAUAUGAAAACCUAAAUCCUUUGGAGACCAAGGGAACGCUGACAGUGCCCGUCCGACAAGAAGUUAGGAAAACUGCCCUCUACCGCAGUGGAUCAAAAGAAAGUAAUGAACAACAACCCCAUGCAAAAUCACCUGCCCUGAGUUUGAGUAGACAAGUGACUAAGACAACAGAAAGUUGUCCAUGGGAUUUCCCUGAUCCCCCUAAAAUCAUGGAAAACAUUUGUCCAUGGGAAGAGGGGAACACUGAGCCAACAAAUACAGACUCAAAAACGACCAUCAAGGUAGAUAUUUGUCCCUGGGAGACUGGACAUGAAGACAAACCAGAAGACUCACAAAAAGGUGUCUCACUUUUGAAAGCUGCUUCCAUACAAGCUGAAGGGAAAGACAGCACAAAGGUAAACAUAUGUCCCUGGGAAACUGAGUCCCCUGAAAAACCUGCCGCUACCACGAUGGUGUCACAAGGAGUAAAAAGAUCGGCAGAUGUUUGUCCAUGGGAUAGUAGUGAACCAGAAUCAGGAAAGCCAGAAACCACCAAAAUAUCAUUGAGUCAUAUAAGGCAAGACACAGUUCACGCAAAUAUUUGUCCAUGGGAUACAGAGGAAGCAGGGGCAGUCAAAACUGAAGUAUCAAACAUACCAGAGCAGUCCAAACAAGAUGUUUGCCCAUGGGAAACAGAAGCCCCAAAAGUUCUGAAAAAGCAAGAAAGCGCUCUGGCAGAUGUUUGUCCGUGGGAAACAGAAGAGCCAAAGGUUCUUAAAAACCAAGAUAGUGCUAGGGUAGAUGUUUGUCCGUGGGACACAGAGGAGCCAAAAGUUCUUAAAAAGCAAGACAGCGCUCGGGCAGAUGUUUGUCCGUGGGACCAGAAGAAUUUUGUCGCGCUUAAAAAGCAAGACAGCACUCGGGCAGAUGUUUGUCCAUGGGACACAGAAGAGCCAAAAGUUCUCGCAAAGCAAGACAGCGGUCGAGCAGGUGUUUGCCCGUGGGAGACCGAAGAACCAGGAGCUGUCACAAAGCAAGACAGCGCUCGGGCAGGUGUUUGUCCAUGGGAGACCGAAGAACCAGGAGCUCUCAAAAAGCAAGACAGCAUUGGAGCAGACGUUUGUCCCUGGGAAUCUAAGGAUCCACAAACCUCAACGGAAGGCAACAUUGAAAUUCCCACCGGUGACAAAGAUGAAGUCACAGAGAACCAGGGGCCCCUCAAUGUAGAGGAGACUCCAGAAGAUAUCAUCACAGAGCAGAUAGAUGAGUCCAAAGAAAACUUGCGCCGCAGUGAUGCUUUGUGUCCCUGGGAGAUGAUAAGGAGCCAAUCUGGUUCAUUCACAGACAAUGCCUCAGAUGUUUUUACAUGGGAGCCUGAGAAUAUUCCUGAGGAAGAUGAAGAGGACGAUGCAGAAUUUGCUGCUGAGGCUCUCGUAUUCCCACCUGAUUUGUGACCUAAAUCUAGCCAGCAUUUGUUUUCACUUUUAACCCCUCCC